AUGCCUGUGGUCGUUGGCCUCAUCACUCAUCACAAGAUGGAGUGUAGGAGAAAGAAGGAGAAUCCAAAAUCAAACUCCACUUUUCCUGAUGAGGUGUUGGAGAGAAUUCUCGGGAUGUUAAAGUCUCGGAAGGACAAAAGCUCGGUUUCUUUGGUUUGCAAAGAGUGGUACAACGCUGAGAGAUGGUCAAGGAGGAGUGUGUUCAUAGGUAACUGCUAUUCUGUGUCUCCUGAGAUUCUAACUCGCAGGUUCCCAAACAUUCGAAGUGUCACACUGAAAGGGAAACCUCGUUUUUCUGACUUCAACUUGGUUCCUGCAAAUUGGGGUGCUAAUAUUCAUUAUUGGCUGGUGGUGUUUGCUGAGAAGUACCCUUGGCUCGAAGAGUUGAGGCUCAAGAGGAUGACUGUUACUGAUGAGAGCUUGGAGUUUCUGGCUCUCUCAUUCCCCAAUUUCAAGGCCCUUUCCCUUCUCAGUUGUGACGGAUUCAGCACCGAUGGGCUGGCUUCAAUUGCCACUAAUUGCAAGAAUUUAACUGAACUCGACAUACAAGAGAAUGGUAUUGAAGAUAAGAGUGGCAAUUGGUUGAGUUGUUUUCCUGAAAGCUUCACAUCAUUGGAAGUAUUGAACUUUGCCAAUCUUCACAACGAUGUAAAUUUUGAUGCACUUGAGAAACUUGUCAGUAGGUGCAAAUCAUUAAAGACCUUGAAGGUUAACAAAAGUGUAACUCUGGAACAGUUACAAAGGCUUCUUGUUCAUGCUCCUCAGUUAGGUGAGCUUGGUACUGGCUCAUUCUCACAAGAGUUGACAGCACAGCAGUCCUCAGAGCUUGGAAGUGCAUUUAAAAAUUGUAAAAAUCUUCACACCCUUUCAGGGUUAUGGGUAGCUACAGCACAAUAUCUCCCAGUUCUGUACUCUGCUUGCACAAAUCUAACUUUCUUGAAUUUUAGUUAUGCUCCUCUUAACAGUGAUGAUCUUGCUAAGCUUCUUGUUCACUGCCCUAAGCUUCAGCGCCUCUGGGUUGUGGACACAGUUGAGGACAAGGGGCUAGAAGCUGUUGGAUCACACUGUCCAUUGCUUGAGGAACUGCGUGUUUUUCCUGCAGAUCCCUUUGAUGAGGGCAUUGUUCAUGGGGUUACUGAAUCAGGGUUUAUUGCAGUCUCUCAAGGGUGUCCUAGACUUCACUAUGUUCUCUACUUUUGCCGUCAAAUGACCAAUGCUGCUGUUGCUACUGUUGUACAAAACUGUCCUGACUUUACUCAUUUUCGACUGUGCAUCAUGCACCCUGGUGAGCCAGAUUACUUGACACAAGAACCCAUGGACGAGGCCUUUGGAGCUGUUGUUAAGAAUUGCACUAAACUCCAGAGGCUAGCAGUAUCAGGUUAUUUGACUGACUCAACUUUUGAGUACAUAGGCAAAUAUGCAAAAAACUUGGAAACUCUUUCCGUGGCUUUUGCUGGAAGCAGUGAUUGGGGCAUGCGCUGUGUGUUGGACGGCUGUCCAAAGCUGAGGAAACUUGAGGUAAGGGACUGUCCAUUUGGCAACGGAGCUCUUCUGGCAGGUUUGGGGAAGUACGAGUCAAUGAGGUCGCUGUGGAUGUCAGACUGUGAAGUAACCAUGAAUGGGGUUAGAUUGUUGGCCAAGCAAAAGCCUAGGUUGAAUGUUGAAGUCAUAAAGGAAGAAAGCUAUGACACUCAACAUGCUAAAAAAGUUUAUGUUUAUCGUUCUGUUGCUGGGCCAAGAAGGGAUGCCCCUCCUUUUGUUCUCACUCUCUGA